AUGCAAGUCGCAACCUGCUUACAUGGCACGGACAAGAUUGCCCUAUGCUGUGUACUUGACGCCUGCACGUGCAUCAUUGCAGGCACAAUUCGGACCGGCAGUGCACCACCUCAGCUAGGUAUGGGACGAAUCGCGAGAAUCAGCGGCAAUGGACUGAAACCGCGGGCCGGCCCACUGAUGAAUUGCAUUACAACAAGCUACGCUCUAUUGAUGUGUGCGAAUCGAAUUUCAUACGCUAUCGCUGACGCAAUUACAUACUCCGAUACAAGUAACCCCCGCCCGGCCGUCGUUUCUACCGCGCGGAUAGACAGAUAUUGCUAUACCCGGCACAUCGACGACCUGGUACCCAGGUACACCAUGAACCCUCUUCUUCAGAAGAACAAGAUUGACGUCAAGUCGCUAUCCCCCGACGAGCAACGCCUCUUCCGACUCUACGGCAAGCUCCCCUCGCGGUCCGACCACUUCGCCAAGCACCUCAAGGACCGCAAGUACUUUGACUCGGGCGACUACGCCAUGUCCAAGGCCGGCAAGGGUGACAGCGUCGACGCCGGUUCCGUCGGCUCCGAGCACCCCGUCCCCGAGAAUAUCCCCCACCUCUCGUCGCCCGUCAAUGCAGGCGGCUCCAACGGCGGCAGCGGCCCCGGCAGUGCCAUUCCCAAGCACCUCGGCAUUGGCGGCGCCAGCGCGCCCCAUGGCACGGCCGCCGCCGCCGGCCUCAACACCGCCAUACCGCAGGGCUUCCACGCCGGAAGCCCUGUCAAGGAGAGCAGCUUCCUGCACCGCGAGACGUCGGCAAACGAGAGCGACGACGACAAGACGACCGCUCCCGCAGAGUCUGUCGCGGCUGGUGGUGCUGGCAUCCCGAUCCGCAGAUAG